AUGUACGACACCAUCAUAAUCGGCGCGGGACUUAGCGGUUUGCAAGCCGCACUCAAAAUACACGAAGCGGGACAUUCAGUCCUCAUACUCGAAGCCCGUGAUCGAGUCGGUGGGAAAACAUGCACAGUCUCGCUUGAGACAGGUGGAUGUGUUGAUCUUGGUGCAGCCUGGAUCAAUGAUACAAACCAGUCCCGCAUGUACGGAUAUGCACAGCGCUUUAAUCUCGAGCUUGUCAAGCAGAACACAGUCGGCAAUGGCCUGAUGCAGGAUAUAGAUGGGACAGUAAUUCCAUUUGCCUAUGGUUCGACUCCACCGUUUGAAAAUGAAUCCGAUGUUCAAAAUUUGAACAAGGUCAGAGAUGCAAUUCAUGAGCUCUCCAUCCAGGCUCGAAACUCUCUUCUCGCAGAUACAGAAAAUGAACAAGUUCGAGACCUUGAUAAGAUCACGCUGGAAGAGUUUGUUCAGAGCCAACAGGGAAGUGAACGAACGUUGAAAAUGAUCAAUCUUUGGACCCAGGUCAUGCUAGGUAUUGACUCAAAUGAAAUCAGUGCUGCCUGCUUUGUGGAUUAUUGCGCAAAAGGGGGUGGCUUGAUGCAAAUGCGCUCUGAUACGAAACACGGAGGACAGUAUUUGCGGUUUCGCCAAGGUACACAGUCAGUUGCCAAAAACCUCGCCAAGUUGCUCCCACCGGGAUCCAUUCGCCUGUUGUCCCCAGUGGCAUCUGUGUCCGACCAAGGGAACAAAGUGGAAGUGACUGUGGCAUCACCUCUCUCCAAAGAGAGCGUGUUCACAGCUCGAAAACUCAUCGUCUCCAUCCCCACUCCACUUUACAAGGAUAUCAUUUUUUCUCCAGCCCUUCCAGCUCGCAAGUGGACUGCUAGCACUAGCACAAAACUGGGAACAUAUACCAAAACCAUUAUUGUGUACUCGGAGCCAUGGUGGAUCGAAAAGAAUCUGUGCGGGCUGAUUCUUAGCUAUGACGGACCCGUCGUUGUGGCCCGAGAUACUAGUAGCGCUGCAGACGGUCAAUACUCAUUGACCUGCUUUGUGAAUGGCUCUAUUGGUCAAAAGUGGAGCGAGUUGGCUCCUUUCAAACGACAAAGCGCAGUUUUACAGCACCUCUUCCAAAUCACCGGAGACGCAAGAGCUUUGGACCCGGUUGAUGUUUUGGAGCGACAGUGGAUGAAUGAACAGUGGAGCCAGGGUGCUGUGUGUCCGAUCAGUGCACCUGGAGUCAUGACGUCUGUUGGACAUCUUUGGAAGGCUCCUAUUGGAAAUAUUCACUUCGUUGGGACUGAGUUUGCCGGGGAAUGGAAAGGAUACAUGGAAGGGGCUGUCAGAUCGGGCGAGGAAGGUGCGGAUGAAGUAUUGAGACUGUUGAAUGACCGGCCAAAAUUGUGA